AUGCCAAGAUUUCCAAGCCACCUCUCACUUCAGCGGCCCUCCGAUCUAUCCUCGUUGUCAAAUUCCCCUAUCGUCAUCACGUCCAACAAAGUGAACAGUGAUGGCAAAGUUUCUCCUAAUGUCAACAUUCCGGCUAAACGUGACGCUAGCUUCAUCAAAGGAAAUAUUGGAACCAGCUCCGAAAUCAACACUAUUAGUGACACCGUUGCAAAUAAUAUAAUCAAGGAUAGCAGCCUUAAUUAUUGUAAAAUUAGCAGCGAUAUUAGUGCCCUUUCCAGACCAGAGUUUAUAGGCUCCGGAAGCAUUUCCUCCUCUACCACCAUGACCACUACGACUGCCGUCGAAUUCUCCAAAGGCAUUACCGAAACCAAAGCCAAUUCCAGUCCUAAUAAUAGUUCAACUGACUCUCCGUCAUAUUCCUUUUCUUCUGACUCUUGUUGUCUUGUGUGGGAUCCGAAAGGGAUUUCCGAAAAUAAGCUGCUUCCACAUGAUUUUUCCUCACACCCGAUACAUCUUUCACCAGUUCCUUCGCCAAGUAUACCUGAGCCGACACGAUCUACGUUAAAAGAACUAUCCUCUUCAGUCUGUCUAGCCUCCUCACAUUCGCCCUCCCUUUGUUCCUUCUCAGCAAACUGUGUUUUUUCAAACAGCGCACACAUGGAUGGGUACACAGGAAAUGAUGACCUUACCAGGCCAGUUAACAAACCAUCAUCUGCCAUUUCCACUCAUGUUAAUAAACCGAUCUCUCACUCCUUUGCAUCUCACAUGAUGGAGGUUCACCGUUUACUGAGACCUAUGGCUUCAACCAGCCAAACAUCAGUCACUCUCCCUGAUGAAGUAACAAAAUGCUGUGCUAUUUCACCCCAUUCGGUAUCCAAUGCCAAUGAUGCGGUCUUGAACAACCAAGACGCUUUAAAUGUUUUUUACGAUGAUCUAAACUCUCCAGCAGUGCAUCAGUCAGUGGCUAAUGCUGUAACCGAGGCUGCAGGAGAUCCAAGAGGGUCACAAAAUCCUGACUAUCGAGGCGUCUUACCUCCAGUUUGUCUACCUUAUGCUACUUUAGUCUCAUCUAACUCGAAAGCUUCAUCGGCACAAAAAUAUUUCAGUCCAAAAUCCCAAAUCGGUCAAAAUGCUCCAGCCGCCGGACUGACAUUGCCAAACCCUUCCUAUAAUGCUACUUCUGCUGUUGCUUCUUCCUCUUCACAACCUCCUCUUCAUCCUUUGUCCUCCCCACAAAUUCGGCCGACAUCUCAUAUUCUUGUUUCCCGUAAGAAACCUUCUGUUGCAGCCCCAGGCCGGAAGAAAAAUGGCCCUACCGCUGUUCAUUUGAUCAUCCCCAGUUGGCGGCGUGCCAGUGACGGUGGAUGCGUCAGCCAGCCAGCUAGUGGUCGGCGUUCUGUAAAUGACCAGCAACCGCAGCAACAGCAGCUACCAGGCGAUGGAAAACACAGCGAGCAGCUCAUUAGGGUAGGCUGA